AUGACUCAGCUAACUUUCAAGCAGAGACCAGCCUUGGCCGUAAGGCAACUGCCCAAGAGUCGAAGUUUGACACCGGAGUCUGCCUCAGAAGGCGAUGACCAGGACUUCAUGGCAAGAGUCAGGCGCAGUCCGAGCACUGGGCGUAGCAGAAGGCGCGGAUCAGAACAGCCAGAUUACCAACGAGCCAUCAGACCAAGGGCAGCAGCCUCCAAUGCAAACCUCCCAGCUUUGCAACAACCACUCUCUCAUACACCUUACCAAUCAGCUAUCAAUGUCACCUUCCGUGGACUACCGCCCCCUCCUCUGCCACAACUUGCAACAUCUCAGUGGACGUCCAAACCACUCAACUACGCAGAGACACAAAGUCCAACAAGUUUAGGCACCCCCGAAAGUUCGACGUUGGCACACAAGGCGUUCGAGGUUUCCUCUCCGUCCACAAUCGACAGGAAUCGAACUCUGUCUCCUCUCGAGUAUACUCCGGCGCAAUCCAUCUCGUCACUCGAACAACCUGGCAGUCAGGAUGGCUUUGCUGCCAUACUGGACAGCACUCGAAAGCGCAGUGACAGUGACUUGACCAAUUUUCUAGACAAAACACUGCACAAUGGGGCCGUCGAACCGUUGGCCGGUGUUGAUGCAAUUUGCGAUGGCGACAUUGGUGAUUGGCCACCUUCCAGGAUGCACGAAUCCACCCCUCCUUCCUCCAUGAUGCUUCCCUCCGCUCUGUUGCAUGUACGCGAUCUCGAUGAACCCUGGUCAUCUCUGGAACUAGAAGAAGGUUCAUCUCCUGCCGGCUCCACAUCAUCCCGUCCUGCUCCCUACCCGCAGCGAAUUACAGAAACACCUGCUCCUCCAGUCAUUCACAUGCCAUCGCGCGGUAUUGCUAGAGCCGGUCGUCGUCAAGGACCGUUGUCCCACGAAUCGCGACAAAACGCCAAUGAUGUACGUAAGGAACGCUCCUGCUUAAGAUGCUUUGUCUACAAGGAAACAUGCGAUACCAGCAAGGACAUCUGCCAAAACUGUUCCAACAAACAGCCUCGAACUUGGAAGCUGGGCUGCGUACGACCACGCUUGAUGUUUAGAACUCAAUACCUGCUGCCAGAUAUCUUAGCGAGCCGCCUCGAACGCAGAUAUAUUGAUUCCUUCAUCCAGCACAAAGGAUGGACUUGUAGAGAUAAGCCGCGCUUUGCUCUCCCUCUGGAAAUCGGUCUUGGUCCGGAUCUGGUUGUUCCAGUAAGAGAAUUCCUACCUGUCGGCGAUUCCAAUCGGCCAGCAUAUUUACCUGUGGACAAUGGCAAACAGUCGACUGCCGUGCAAAUUAGCAUGUAUGACCUACCUGUUGUUAUCUCCUGCGACAAAGAAGAAGAAGCUGCCAACCAUAUUCGUCAUUCCUUACUCAAAUGGUUUCAACAGACAAUCGACUGCACUCACAAUAGCGACUGGGCGUGGCAUUGGUUCAAAAAAGGAACGGACCUCUUUGCUGGCAGCGUCAUGAAACUCAUCUGCGAGUACUUCCAAGCCGCCAUGCCUCAACACCGCCUUCUGAAAGAGGCUCUGGCCUUGUCAUUCUUCAACUACAUAUUUAUCUACUCGUUCAAUGUGCGUGAGGAACAUGUACCCACGUUACAACAACGCAUCGAGGCCCGAAUACCAGACGGGGCAGAAUAUAUCAGUCCAUCCAUCAUCAAUCUCUACAUCAAGAUGUUGAUGUUACCACCUCUCCGCGAUGUUGUCAAACGCACCCUAAAAGGACUUGAGCUUCUUCUGCUCGAACAACAGAAUGCUAGAAUUUGGCGCCGCGAUCUUAUAUUCUGCAUUUCCUUCAUCGUGCUUGCUUACCUUGGACGAACUCAGGUCUCAAUUGUUCAAUUCGCCAAUCAGCCUUCAUGUGAUGCUACAAAGGUCUUAACUCAUCAAGCCGCAACACAACAGGUUCUAGAGAUGGAGUGCGAGGUAGCAGACCUUAUCAUAAAGUAUCAUCACCAGUUUCUGACCCCCAGCCCACGACGCAAGGCGUCUAGUGUUGUGGCGACGGAGGCUGAGCAAAGCUGCGAAGAACAUGCUAAACGGUUCAACUUGAUGGACAAAAUCAGGAAGCUGAAAGUCGAAACAGCCCAUACAAUGCCAACUUCCUUGGAUCCUCAGUGCGAAAGGGUUGGCGAUUUCAUUGCCAACAACACCAACCGGCUGUGUUGGAAAUUCGUUCAUAACGUUGUACCUGAACCAGGCCAGAGGCAAGACGCCGACACAGACAUGACCCUAUGA